UAACAAUAUUUUUUUUUGUAAGACGUAAGUAAAUAUUAAAAAAUAUUUAAUAUUUAUUAGUCUUUUUAAGAAUUUAGGCGAAUACAUUUUAUUUAUACCACUAUGAGGGCAAUAUAGUAAUUUAAAAUAAACGAAGUAACUGUUUUAAACGUAUAAUGUUGUCUUUUGGGUGUCGGGCAAUUGACGUAUAGCCGACAAAAUUAUUUUUGCGAACGUUCAACUGUAAAUUUCAAUCGACAUAAGUUAAGAUUUUUAAUAUUAAUAUUAAUCAAAUGGAUAUCGGACUGACUGAAGCAAUGAAAAAUAUAGUUCCUAAAGGACUGUCGGCCGACAUCAAUUCGGCUUACAGCGGUUAUGUGACAGAGAAAAUUUACAUGUUGUUGCAGCUCUAUUUGCAAAAUAAAGGAUGGAACAGUAUAGAAUUAUUGAAAAUCUUUUCAGAGAUGAAAGAUUCGUCUGUAUUACCCAGUGCUUCCUACUUGCAAAUGAUGGCAUCGAGAGUAUCAUUAGACAGCCAAGCAAGAUUGAUCCUUAGGGAAAAUGGUAAAAUUAUCUUACCUUAUGAACAUUUUGCCAAUGCAGUAAUGUUAAAACAUAUGAAUGGACCUCAUGGAUUACAUCUAGGCAUUGAAGGAACUGUACGAGCGGUUAUGGAAUCUUACACGAUUGGUCGUGACAACUUUGGUAUGGAGAAAGAAUUCAUCAUUGAAGUUGUACAAAAUUGUCCAAAUCCAGCAUGCCGUUAUUAUAAAACUCAAUUAGAUUUAUCUCAACAUGUUAAACAGUCCAAUUAUAUCAAUUCUGCAAGUUCUGGAGUUAAUGUACCAGUUGGUCGAGAGAGUCCUAACGUUGCUAUGAAUCAGAUGAUAAACCAGCAAUUGAGUGCUCAUAAUUUAACCGCUCCGAGUAAUGCUCAAUCCCAACAACAUUCAGUACCGGUUGAUUUAACUGGAUCGUCUCAUCAAAGCGAUGUACAAAAUGUGUUGCCUAUAAAUAUACCACAGACAUCAAAAACUGUUAGUGUUCGUCAAGCACAACACAAUAAGUUGGCCGAUUUUUUGAAGGCAAAUUUAGAAAAUUUAGACAAUAAGGAUUUAUUGGCUGCUCACGACACCACUUGGCCAGAAGUAUCAGAAAAUAGAAAGGGACAUUUGGAUGCUGGCCAAGAAAAAAUUAUCCGUGCUUUUUCAGAAAUCAUGAAAAAUAUGGGUAGAAUGAAGGCUUGUGUUAGACCAGCUAUGUGUAAGCCUUAUGGAAAACAAUCUGAAUCAUUACAAAAAACACUGAUUGAUACGAUUCAACUUGUGCAAUCACUGCGUUCGUUUCUUCCACCGCCUCAUAUCGCUGUUAGUAGUUGGAAGAAUGAGGAUAAACACGGAAUGAGAAAAAAUGUACUGGAUAACUCAAAUCAAACCGUUUCGGCUGCAAAUUUCAAAGAUCUCUGUGACGCAAUAACUCGCAAUAAGCAAAACUAAUGCUCCACUUGACAUCAUCACUUUAAGUAAAUCUUUAAAUCAACAUAAUAUGACUUUUUAAAAUGUAUUCUUAAGAAUCACACAAUUUAUUAAUGGAAUAAGUAUCUAGUCAAAAUUCUCUGGCCUUCUUGAUAGGCGGUAAGAUAAUGGUUAUUUCCUCUUCUUUCUUUUGAAAAGAUCUCAAGAUCGUUUUUAAAAAUACUUGGGCCAUUUUAUUUAUAUCUUUUGCGAGUGUCCUCUAGUUAAAAGCUUCUUUCUCUUUUUAUUAAUUUUAAAAAUCUUUUUAUAAUUACCUUGUUUGUGACAGUUAAAAUACUUAAUAUUUGAGUAGUAUACUUUGUCAACUUAAAAUAUAAAUGUAAAACUGUGCUUAAUUACUAUCAUAAACCACAAGCCUGUUUAUGUAUAAUAAAUACAUAUAAAAUGGUGAAAUUUAUGUAGUUGAAACCAUACAAAUUUAUGAAAAAAUUAUAAUACCUGUAGGUAUUUAUAUUAUAUACUUCUUUCAAAUAGUUUUGAGUACCCUGUGUUUCUUUAGAUAUUUUUAUUAACAAAAUUAUAAACAUCUAAUAUUAUAUUUGAUUUUAAACAGACCUGAAAUAGUCAAUAACAUUAACGAUGAUAAUAAUGAUAAUAAUAUUGAUAAGUUAUAAUUUUUUUUUCCGUAUGUCUUGCUCCUAUAUGGAAGAUUUUAAGACUCCAUAUAGGGUUCUGCUAUGAUAUGGUGAAGGAUGGUAAUCUCUUUCUUUAGACAGUUGCCUGUCCCUAAAGAGAGAGACCAACUGUAACCAAGUGUUGAACUAGUGAUAGUGAGCUAACAAAUUAAUAAUGUAUUUAUAUAUAUAUAUAUAUAUAUAUUGCUGUUCAAUAUAAAUUGUAUGAUUUCGAAUAAUACCAUUUUCCUUUAUCAGAACUCGAUACAAUAUUACUACUUAUUAUUAUCAUUGGUUUUGUUGUUGAUGUUAUUUAAUAUUUAUUAUGUUGCGAUGUAAAUUUAUUAUAGCAAAUGAAAAUUCUCAAAAGAAUAAAUUAUAUUGAAUUUAAUUUUAACAUAAUGAGUGAAGAAAAAUGUAUGGUCACAUAAUAUAAUGGAUUGUCAUUGUUUCAUAUUUUACUGAAACUGUGUUUCAUUUUUAAAUGCUCAUUAGUAAACUAGUGGUGCAAUACAAGUGUUGAAUAUUUUAUAAUACAAACAUUUUUAGUAAAUUUUAUUUAACUAUUCUACAUUUAUGCUUUACAAAUAACAAAGACGGAUUGGUUUACUCAAUAUAGCACCUAUAGUAAUUUAAUCUAUUAUUAUAAUGUUGUAUUCAAUUUUAAGCUAGUCAAUAUUUAAACUUUUUAAUGUAAUUUAUUGCCAAUCGGUGAUUUAAAUAGUUUGAUCUUUAAUAAUUCAAUUAGUUAUUAUAGUGAUGUAAGAUUGAGUAGCCUAAUAUUUCACUAAAAACUUUUGUAUUUUACAAUAUUUCUGGAUACUUCAAUUACUCAAUAUUGAAAGAAAAAUCACGUUGUUGUGUAUAACUUUGUGUAAUUUAAUUUUUUUUUUUACUACCUCAAAGUCACAAAAAAUUGUGUUCAACAACAAGUCGGAUAAAUUGUAUUAGUCUGUUUAAAACAAAGUCUUUUAAAAAAUGUUAUAUAAAAUGCAGUAACAGUUUGUUUUCUAUUAGUGAUUAUUAUUAUUUUAAUUGUUUUGUGAUUGUUUAGAUUCCUUUAAUGUUUAAAACUAUUAGCAAUAAACCAUUUUCUAUAAGUUAUUGUACCACUGUUUGUUUGCCAUUAUUCAUUUUUGAACUUGUCACUAUUAUAUUAUACUUAACAACACAUUAAAAUUAAUGAUAUUUAUGUAUUAAUUAUAUACACCUAUAUGAAAUCAAUUUGUUAUGUGUAUUAAGAGGACGCCACACCAGCCAUUAUGGAGUAAAAUAAUGACAAUUUUUAGCAAAAACUAAGUUUAAAGCUUAAACUAUAGUGUAUACUUAUUAUAACACAGUAAUGAGGAUACUUUAUUGGUUGUAAUUUUUUUUCAGACUAUCACAGUCAUUUCUAUAGUUAAAAUUAUAAUACUUUUUUUUCAUCAAAACAGCUUUAAGCGGUACAACUAAUGAGAGCAGUAUUGAUCGUAUAUUUACCAAAUUUCCACUAUACAUAAAAAAGAAAAUCUGUGUCAUUGCUUUUUAUUUUUUUGAUGAAAAUACUCCCUAACUUUUAAUAAACAAAUGAAAAAAAUUUAAUUUUUAUGACUGAAUAAUUUGGUUUGUGCUUAAGUAAUGAAAAAAAUAAAAAGCUGUAACACAGAUAAGGUUCUUCACGAUGUACUGUAAACAUUUUGUAAUUGUACCAAGAAUACAACCUGAAAAUCUAUGUCUCCCACACAUUAAGUUUUACGGCCGAAAUACGGUUAGCGUGGCACCCUCUUAAUUAUUAUAUUUUAUUAAUAAAAUAAUAAUCAUAGUUCAUCUUUCUUUAAAAAAAAAAAACAUAUCUGUGAUCUUACCUAAUUCAUUUUUUAUUUUUUAUUUUAUAAAGAAAAAAAAGUUAAAUUGAUUUAAAGUAAUGUUUUUAAUAUUAUAUUCCUAUUUGUAAAAAAAUGCAGUCACUUGUUAUAAAUAAACAAUGAGUUUUAUUUUUUUUAAUUUAUACAUAAGUUUUACACUGCAAAAAU